AUGGCUCUCCCCCCCACCACCGCCAUCUCCCCACCCCCCGUCCCCGCCUCCCUCGAGACCUACACCUUCCCCUCCUCCCGGCUGCAGCGCACCCUCUCCGACCCCACCAAGACCCCGCUAGUGCUCGUCGCCUGCGGCUCCUUCUCGCCAAUCACCCACAUGCACCUGCGCAUGUUCGAGAUGGCCGUCGACCACGUAAAGCAGAACAUGUCCUCCACGCACGAGGUCGUCGCCGGCUACCUCUCGCCCGUCUCAGACCGCUACAACAAAGCCGGCCUCGCCAGCGCCCUACACCGCGUCCGCAUGUGCGAGCUCGCAUGCAACGAGGCCUCCACCUGGCUCAUGGUCGACCCCUGGGAAGCCGUCCAGCCCGACUACCAGCCCACCGCCGUUGUCCUCGACCACUUUGCCCACUGCAUCAACGACACCCUCGGCGGCAUCUCGGGCGUCCCCGCCAAGAUCAUGCUCCUCGGCGGCUCGGACCUCCUGCAGACCAUGUCGCAGCCCGGCGUGUGGUCCGCCGCAGACCUGGCCCACAUCCUCGGCGACUACGGCCUGCUGGUGGUGGAGCGCAACGGUACGGACGUCAGUGAGGCGCUGGCGCCGCUGGCGCGCUGGCAGGAUAAUAUUUGGAUCGUUAGGCAGCUGAUUGCGAAUGAUAUCUCGAGUACGAGGAUUAGGCAGCUGAUUCGUCAGGGUAUGAGUGUGAGGUAUCUGUUGCCGGGGGUGGUGGUGGAUUAUAUUAGAGAGCAUAGGCUGUAUGGGGAGCAUGAGGAGUUCAAGGAGACGAGGAGUAGUAGUAUGCCGCCGCUGUGUAGGGCGCAUGGGAAGGGGACUUGUGUUCCUGGGGCGGCGGCGGCGGCGGCGGCGGUGGGAGGGGGUGGGGGUGGGGGAGGGGGGUUGUGCGUCCCGAGGGCGCCGCAGAUGGUGAGGUGUGUUAGCGCGCAGCGGGAGAGGGCACCGAGUAAGAUGAGGGAAGAGAUGAGCAUUGAUAGUGAUGAUGAUGGGGAGGUGGAUGAUGCGACGCAGAAGGUGGAGGAGGAGAAUACUAGGGGCCGCAGACCGUCAUCGUGA